UGAUUUUCACUUCAGUCUUGAUAACAUUUUACCCUCACAAAUACACUAUACUACACAACCACAGAAAAUAAAAAUAAAAUGCCGAAUAUUUCAUUCCUUGAUGGCUGCCUUUUCCUUUUGUGGUCAAUUCAGAUGCAUUGCUUUCAUGUGAUGGCCGUUUCAGUUGAACAUCGAUGUCAGUUCGCUCGUGAAAUUGAAGAUUGUGACGACGUUAUGAAUUUUUUCAAAUAUUUUGAGCUAAUGUAUUGCGUUUUGCACAUCAGGUCAAAGUUGGACGAAAUUUGUUUGGUUCUACUAUAUUUACUAAUUGCAUUGGCUCUAAUGGUGACUAUAUUUCAUUUAGUUGAAUUUUGUUUCGCUCCCAUGCUCAAGGUCAUAUCGAUUAAAUUGCGAAUGAAUGAAUAUUUGGCUGGAGCUACACUAUUGGCUUUUGGCAAUAGUUUGCCUGAUCUGGUGGCCAAUAUGUUGCCAGUACGUGCCACUGCUCCCUUGUAUACCAUAACCCUGAGUAAUUCAUUGGCCGUAAUUUUGAUAAGUGGCGGAACAAUUGUCUAUUUGAAACCCUUCAUUAUGAAUGGUCACAACACUGUGAAAGAUUUAUUAUUCUUGGCCCUGGCUGGUGAGGUCUUAGAUUUUAUAAUAAUGCGUGGUCGUCAAGUAACUAAACAGGAAGCUAUUUUAUUUUCCAUGGUCUAUAUAUUAUUUGUAAUUAUUAGUAUAUUCGAUUUGAUACUUAUACGUCUAAAUAUCAGAUCUCUUCGUAAGGAAAUUGCCAAUUUAAGGGAAGACAAAUUUCCUUCAAUUAGCACAAGGAUCGAAUUAAAUAGACUACAAAGUAGUCUUCAGCAAUUGGAAGAGGACAACCAAAUCAAAAUACGCAAAGGGAUUUCCAAUGAACGUCGUUCCACUCGUAGAAGUGACUCAUUUUCGGAACGUUUUAUUGGUUUUGCCACACGUAAAGUUGAUGAUGACAUGGUUGAUGUAGAUGCGGAAGUCACACGCACCAUACUGCAUAACAGUGGAAAUCCAAAGAAUUUAUUUCUAUUUUCAGAAUUUUUUGAAUCCAUAUUACCUAUUGACAUCGAACAAUGGAAUGGUGGUGGUUUCUGUAAUCGCCUUUGUAUUAUCCUGCGAGCUCCUUUGGUCUUUUUUUGUACAAUCUUUAUACCGGUUGUCGACUAUCAUUUGGAUAAACAUGGCUGGAGUAAAUUGCUUAAUUGUACCCAGAUUAUAACAUGUCCAAUUAUAAUGAUUACCCUAACCCAUGCCUUUUUCGUAAGUUCCUAUUCCGGUUGGUUCAUAAAACUCGAUUUCAGUUACUCCGUUUGGACAUUAUGUGGUACCAUUCCAUUGGCCAUUAUUGUUUUUCUAACUGCUCGCACGGAUAUGCCUCCACCCUAUCAUGCGUGUUUCCUGAUAUUGACCUGCUUUAGUUCCCUGCUGAUUAUAGGCAUCUGUGCCGCUGAAUUGGAGCUUCUUUGUGCCAUCAUUGGAGCCGUGUUUUAUAUGUCUGAGGGCUUUGUGGCAGCUACUUUGCGUUCCUUUGCAGCGGCCAUUGCCGAUGUUCUGGUUAAUGCAGCCCUGGCCGUGCAGGGCUAUGAAAAAAUGGCUAUUGCUGCAAUUUUUGGUAGUACACUCUUUAAUAUAGUUCUGGGCAUUAGUAUACCCUGCAUAUUUAAUGAGAAUGCGCAAAAACAAAAUGCCUCAUAUUGGAUAUACGGUAUAUAUGGCUCUACUUGCUAUAUAUUCUAUAAUUUAACUAUUGUCACAUUUUUGUGGUGGACUCUAACAUUCAAUUUCUAUGCCCGACGAUCGGCAGCUAUAUUCUCAUUUACUUUAUACGCACUCUUUCUACUUUAUUGUUUUCUUGUGGAAUUGGAAACGAUACAUGAGUUCUCUCCUGAUCGUAUAUUUCUACCGAAAUAAAGGACAUAUUUUCACUUUAA